ACAAAGUAUUCACAGAGGUGAGGUGAGUUUUGUAACAUUGAAUAUUUACUUGAGUUUAGUGUGCCUAAGUAAUUUGAAUAGAAAUGCUUAUGUUCUAAUCAUUUCGAAUAAUGUCGGCUCAGUUAAUACAACUAGUUGACCAGAAAAAACAUCUAUAUCAGCAAGAGAAAAGAAGAGAAUAAGGUUAAAAAGAAUAAUAUUUUACUAGAGACAUGAACAUAGAAAUUGUUACGGUCUGGACAUUCCUUAUGUUAAGGUUAAUGCAAUAUACUCAAGGUGAAUGUGAAAUGACAUUAAGUUCAGGGCAGAAUAUAAGAGACGUCGAUAGGACCCCUCACACUGCAGGCACUUUACAAACAUGUUUACAAGAUUGUAGGAUUGACACGUCAUGCCUUGUAGCAGUGUUUAGAGAAAGCUGCUUUUUCGGCGAUCAAGUUGCAUUAGCUAACUUAUUUGCAGACGACGAAAGUCAAGAUGUUUACAUUAAACAGUGUGUCGAAACACCAGAAUCCACUACUUUACCAUCAACAACUACUACAACCGCAAAAAUAUCACGAGAAGCUAUAACAGCAUUAGUCCAUUACAAUGUCGACAUCGGCGUAGCCGCGGAAUGGGUACUUGUUUAUAGGAGCCUGUACUUCUGUGAGACAGCGUGUAGUCUAGUGUCACAAUGUGAGCAUUAUGUGCAAGACAGCAACGUCUGUAAACUGUACACCUCCCAUCCUAGUCUGACGUCAAAGUGGGGAAGCAUUCUGGGAAGAAAAGUCAAAUGUCUAAAUGGUCUACCCUGUUGUUACCAGAUAGGAGGCGACAUCUUUGAUCUAAGAAGUCCACAACUUUCACUGACAAGCACCGCCCCGUCCUGCCAAGAGCUAUGCAUGAGUUUGAUCCAAUGCCAGGCUGUUCUUUUCGACGGAUAUACCUGUCGGAUGUACACUCGUGUAGAUAGGAGUCUGUUUCAACCUGGACGCAAUAUAUUUGUGAAACCAAACGGGGUGUCAAGCAAAUACAGUAUUGCAGGCGUCUGUAUAAUGAACCAGUGAAAGCGUCAUUUUAUUUUCUUCUAUGGCAGUCCUUUAUGGUCAUUUUUUAUCACAGGAAACGUGCAACUAUUGAAUUGACUUUACUUAUAAAUAAAGGACAUCAAUUUCUUACUACAU